GGUCUUACGGGUGUGGAACGGCAUGAGGGUGAGUAAUAAAUGACAUUAUUUUCAUUUUUGGGUGAACUAACCCUUUAAGGUUACGUAGUUACAUUAUACUAACUAUACAAGUACUAAAUAAGUACUGAGUAAUAUAAAUUAACUACAUAGAGUUACGUUUAUGGAUAGGGUUUGGUUUAGUUAGUUGCUUGUAAUCAUGCUUAAUUUACUGUUAUUACUAUAGUAAGUACACACAUAACAUAACUACGUCACCUUAAAAUAAAGUUACCGAAUUUUCAUUGAAAAUGGCACAUUAUUGUGUAGUCUAUGGAUGCAAGAACCAUAGAUACUGUAUCUAUGGUAGGGUUCAUGUGAUUAUCAAUAAUAUUUAUAAGAGCUUUAACCAAACUUAUUUUAUUUACCAUAUACAGAAUUAUCUAACAAUAAUAAUAAACUGAAUCCUGUAAAAAAUCAGCUGCUGAAGACUUUUGCAGAAAAAGAACCUUCACAAUAUGGUGUUUGGCUCAUAUAUAGUGGCACUAAUAAGGAAUCUACAUAUUCAUGCACAACACUUCCAAAUUCCCUAUCACUCCAGACUGCUGUUGUAUGAAACAUGACCUGCUUUUAUCUUUCAGAUAUACAGUAAUUUGCUUCCACAAAUCUGAAAUCAUAGAAAGCCUAUGAUGCUGUGGAAAAUAGGGUAAUAAAGACAAAAACAUCAAGAUCAAAAAUAGAUCUGUAUCGAUCACCGAAAAACUGGUGCAUCACCAAAAAAAGAAAAAUACUAAAGAAGUUGGAUUUGAGCAUCAGAAGUGAGAUAAUGACAGAGGAGCAGGAUAAGUCCAGCGCAGAGCCGCCCUGCAGCCCGGCCGGUUCAUCCAGCUCGAUGUCUCAGGAAGAGUCGGACUCUGACGCACCUUCAUCUCCCGCUGGAUCUACUAGCCACCCUUCACUCAUGAUAACGAGAAUGGGUAAAAAACUGGAGGAUGAGGAUGACAGAUUCCCGGCGUGUAUCAGAGACGCGGUGUCGCAGGUUCUGAAGGGUUAUGACUGGUCUUUAGUACCCAUGCCAGCGCGAGGCAGCGGCGCGCUCAAGAACAAACCGCACGUGAAGAGACCCAUGAACGCGUUCAUGGUUUGGGCUCAAGCCGCGCGCAGGAAACUGGCGGAUCAGUAUCCGCACCUACACAACGCCGAGCUCAGCAAAACCCUCGGAAAACUCUGGAGACUGCUGACGGAGAAUGAAAAGAGACCGUUUGUGGAAGAAGCCGAAAGAUUGAGAGUUCAGCACAAGAAAGAUCAUCCGGAUUAUAAAUACCAGCCGAGGCGACGAAAGAGUGUGAAGCCAGGUCAGAGUGAGUCUGAUGGCGGCGUUGAUCUAACCCAUCACAUGUAUAAAGCUGAACCUGGAAUGGGGCGAUUGGCAAGUUCCUCGGAUCACAUCUCUGAUCAUACAGGUCAGCCUCAUGGACCCCCGACACCCCCAACAACACCCAAAACAGACCUCCAUCAUGGAGGAAAGCAAGAUUCAAAGCAUGAAGGUAGACGUUUGCUUGACAGCAGUCGACAGAAUAUCGACUUCAGCAAUGUUGACAUUUCUGAGCUCAGCACAGACGUCAUCAGCAACAUAGAAACCUUUGAUGUGCAUGAGUUUGACCAAUACUUGCCUCUCAGUGGCCAUGCCGGAGCCGUUUCGACCUCAGAGCACGGUCACGGGCAGAAUGCCAGCUCUGGAGGUGCUUACGCUUCAUCUUACAGCCACGGGGUUUCCUGGAGUCGCAAAGGGCCCGUGGCAUCCUCGUCACCUGGCACGAGUGAAGUGAAUCAGCACAGAGCUCACAUUAAAACUGAGCAGUUAAGCCCGAAUCACUACAGUGAGCACUCACCCUCACACUCCGAGUACAGCAUUUACAGCCCACAUGCAUGCGCCACCUCAGUCGCCGCCUCAUUCGCCAGCACUCAGUGUGACUAUACAGACCUUCAAAGCUCCAGCUAUUACAGCCCCUAUACCAGCUACCCAUCUGGCCUCUACCAGUACCCAUACUUUCAUUCCUCACGGAGGCCGUACGGAAGCCCCAUACUCAACAGCUUGUCCAUUCCGCCCUCCCACAGUCCCACCACCAAUGGGAUCAGCCGAUUUACACCACGUUAUCCCGGCCAUAAGGCCCAGCCACGUUGUUGUACGGUGUCCGUUAUUAUGAUGAAGGACAGCAUUAGCUGAGGGAGUUUGUGCCAACUAACUAUGAAAUAAGUGCCUGCUGAUUUUUCGACAUCAUUUGAUUGCUCACACACAUCAGAACACUGACUGUUGGUGCUAAAUGUGAUGAAUUUGUGCCAGCAGAAAUCCUCUGUUACAGGACCUACAAAAGUUUCUUGAACAGUUGAAAGGGUGGAGGGCUGAAAUGAUUUUUGAUAAACACAGCCGUAUUGUUGGAUCGUUAUUUGAAUAGUUAGUUGAAUCAUUAUUUUUGGGAACAUUCCUGUGGGAAAAAUAUCUGUGAAUGAUAUCUGCAGCAAAACCUUGUUUUGUGUUCAGCUCAGCAGUCACCAGCUAAUUAAAUCAAAUCCUUGAAAAAGAAUAGGUGACAUACAUGGUUAACAAUGAAAAUUAUUUUUGUCUUUUUAUGUUUGCAUAAUAUUAGUGAGCACUUUAACAUGUCAAAAGCUCUUAAUUUCCAGUAAGUUCAUUAAUAAUUGCAUUUUUAACAUCACCAGUCAUUGAUAUUACAUGCUUAUUCUCAUUGACUGUUUUGAAUUAAAUUUCUUUAAUUAUACCAGCAAUCAGUUGAACAUUUUGAUUACAUUUUUUUAGGCUGUGAAACACAAACACACAAAACAGUGUUUACUCUACAUCAUUCUAACAUUGUCUAACAGUAAUUGCUGGCAAUACUUGUGGAAAAAAUAAAAUUUCUCUUAAAGCUUACUGUCUAAA